CAGGUGAUGGUUGUAAUGACUGGUACCUAUGACAGAGAAUGCACCGAGAUGACUCAGGCCACGAUGAUAAUUCGGCAGACUUCAGAACUUGUUCCCUUGAUGUCUGCUUUGCAUUCAAGAACAUUUCGGACGUCAUGCUGUCUGCACGAGCUUCGCAAGAUGGCGAGGGUGAAAAUUGUGGACAACAGCGUGCUUGGCCGAGACUCUCUGCUGAAGGGAAGACAACCCCGAAUCAUCCAGGUGUACAAUGGGCCGCAGUUGGGCCGGCUCGGGGACAAGGUGCUUGUUAGUGUUUGUGGGGAGAAGAAAAAGGGCUACAUUGUUGGCUGUGUCCAAAAACAGAAGGCUAAUGUUCCGAGGUUUGACACAAACAAUGUGGUGCUUGUGGAGGACACUGGUUUACCAACAGGAACAAGGAUCAGAGUGCCAAUACCGUCAUGUCUUAGGGGAAAGGAAGGAGACUUUACUAAAAUUUUGUCAAUUGCUACAAAAUUUGUAUGAGAGUGUGUAAAAAAGAUGACGUGUUCAACUUUUGGAUAUUUGUUCUAUAGUAAUAAAUAUUAUUUGAAUAUUAUGCAAUUAUGUGUUAGUUAUAGAAAAAAAUACUUUUAUGAAAUGGAGAACACUUUUUUCAAGCUAGAAUUGUGGUACAAUUUACCGGAUACUGAAUCCUUUUAACUUAAUUAGCUACUAUGAUGAUGAUUGCCUAUUCAAGAGUCAAUUUCAAUGAUUCAUUUUAAAACUAGAACCAGUCCAGUAGGGGUUUUUAGUACCGAUACACUGUUGAGACUGUUUUGCCUCAGUGCAAAGCUCCUGUAAUGAAUACAUACUAGUAAGCCAGUACAAUAAUGUGAAACAGGUGACUGUUCUUUGUACAGGAAUUUAAAUUGGAACUGAUACAUUCAAUGAUCAAUAGCCAAGCAGUUGGUGCAUUGGCCAUUGGGACAGAGGUUCUUGUCUCGAGUUCAGACUCAAAUGGCAAAACUGCAAAUCUUCAGUUCAGCUCAGUAUUGAUGUAGAAAUACACUGACUGUUUGAAAUUGUACAAUUAUUUACAUUUUUUCUUGUAAAACCAAAAUAAAAAAUUAUUCUUUGCAAUUU